AGAACAAAUGGAGUCAGCCCUCAUUAAUGAACAAACAAUUAAUAAUGAAUUAACUGUAAACCAUGUAAAUAAUGUAAAUAAUGUUCAAAAUAGUGAAACUGUAUUUACCGAAUAUAUUUUUCCAGAAAGUGACAAAGUAACCGAUGACCAUGAAGAGAAUGACAAAUCUAGUAACAUGUGGGAAAUCAUUUAUUCGGAAAACAGGGGAAAAACAGAAGAUAUUCCACUUGAUUCAUUUAUUCGUUUUGGAUCUUGGGGACAAACUAAUGAAAUAUACAAAAAUUUGUCAGAAUAUCCUUUUUUUCAACAGAACAUUUUGGAUUACAAUCGACUUCGUCAAAUGUUGAUGGAAGACUUUCAGGAUCAAAAAUGGAAUAUUAAACAAAAAGAACUGGCACUGCAACAAGAAUGGAAAACAGUUCAUUAUGCAUGGAAGCAAAAGUUUGAAUCUUUACAAAAGACGAAAGGAAAAAUGAAACAAGACGAUAAUGAUGGAAAUUCUUCUACGUCUGGUUUUGCAGCCAGAUGGCCAGUUCGAACAAAUAGAGGAAGACGUCGUGGUGAUGUUGUUAGAUCUGAAGCUGAAAUGGAAGAAGUUAUGAAAAUACUCCAGGAUGAACAACGCAAAUGCCAAACUUGGGCAAAUGUUCCUUCCAUGAUUUUAGAUCCGAAAGAUAGACAACAAGCAAAAUUCAUUAACAAUAAUAGAUGCGUAUCGGAUCCUGAAUGUUUUUAUGAUUUUAAUGUUGACAUAAAUAUUGAUUGGACAAUUCAAGAACGAGAAUAUUUCUAUGAAUUUUUCAAAUCUUUUCCAAAA